UUCGAACACGAAAACCAGUAAAAAAAUCCGAGUCAAAAAGAAAAUUCGAAAAGAAGGAACCGAAAUCCAAAGCCAAAAGUCUUCUUCCAAGUGUUCCAUCAUACACCGCCAAAUGUACACCUUCAGCUGCUCGAUUUUGCCAACAAACAAACCCCUCAGAUGCCAAACGUAGCAUUACCCAAUCUCUCACUGUCUAAUCUCAACCCUAGACCGAAGAGAAGAAGACGAUGGCGAAGCACGCCGCCGUUGGAUGGGGCCACCACCACUUACAGAACCGAUGGCUUUUGGCUCUUCUCCUAAUGCUUUCUGUUUCAACGGUUAUUGCCUUCUUCAUGAGAGCCGGCUUCGAUUCGUGUGAUCGGAACGUUUCUGCUGCUGUUGAUGGUAUAGACUCUGCUCGGCAUGUCAUUCAAGGCGCCGAGAAACGAACUCCGCAGAUCGCUUCUGCGAAGCCGAGUCCGCUCAGUUUCAUGAAGUCGAAGGUCGUUCUGCUGGUGUCGCACGAGCUCUCGCUUUCUGGCGGACCACUGUUGCUGAUGGAGCUGGCAUUCCUAUUAAGAAGUGUCGGUGCUGAAGUUUAUUGGAUUACAAUUACUAAAGCAUCUGAAACAGAUGAAGUAACGUAUAGUUUAGAACAUAAGAUGUUAGACAGAGGAGUACAGGUUUUCCCGGCUAGGGGGAAAGAAGCUUUAGAUACCGCUUUAAGAGCUGAUUUUGUUGUUUUGAACACUGCUGUUGCUGGGAAAUGGCUGGAUGUUGUUCUUAAAGAAGACGUUCAUCGUGUUUUGCCUAAGGUGUUGUGGUGGAUCCAUGAAAUGCGAGGCCAUUACUUCAAAUUAGACUAUGUAAAGCAUCUUCCUUUUGUAGCUGGUGCUAUGAUUGAUUCACAUGUCACAACAGAGUAUUGGAAGAGUAGGACUCGAGAAAGUUUGAAGAUUAAAAUGCCCGAUACCUAUGUUGUUCACCUAGGAAAUAGCAAGGAACUGAUGCAAGUUGCAGAAGACAGUGUGGCUAAAAGGGUUUUGCGUGAACAUGUUCGUGAAUCUCUUGGAGUGCUCAAUGAGGAUUUACUCUUUGCCUUAAUAAAUAGUGUUUCACGGGGAAAAGGCCAGGAUCUCUUUUUACGUUCCUUCUACGAGGCCUUGCAACUAAUCAAGGAAAAGAAAAUGCAGGUACCACCACUGCAUGCAGUAAUUGUAGGAAGUGACAUGACUGCCCAGACAAAAUUUGAAAUGGAAUUACGGGAUUACGUAUUGCAGAAGAAAAUUCAAGAUCGGGUUCAUUUUGUGAACAAGACUCUGACGGUCGCACCAUAUUUAGCUGCCAUUGAUGUUCUUGUGCAGAAUUCCCAGGCACAGGGAGAAUGCUUUGGACGGAUAACAAUUGAGGCCAUGGCAUUCCAGUUACCUGUACUGGGAACAGCUGCAGGAGGCACCACGGAAAUAGUAGUGAACGGGACUACAGGUGCUUUACAUCCGGUUGGAAAAGCAGGGGUUACACCCCUUGCAAAAAAUAUCGUCAGACUUGCUACUCAGGUCGAGAGGAGGCUUACCAUGGGAAAGAGAGGGUACGAAAGGGUCAAAGAAAGAUUUCUAGAACCACACAUGGCCGAGAGAAUUGCUGGAGUACUGAAAGAAGUGUUGAGGAAAUCUAAAAUCAAAUCAGGUAGACACCUGGAUUGAAACAAUGGGGUUGGAUCAGUUUCAAUCAGUGCAGCCAUGGUGGUCCAAAGUACAGGCUAAAAUAGGAUGCAUUUUUCUUUUUCUCAUGUAGUGACAUAUUUUUGGUUAUUCAUGGCCUAUUUUUUAUGUCUCCAGUUUUCCUUUCAGAGAUGUAAAUUAUGUAUGUACUAAGACCAUUUUCAACCGUUGAUAUAGUU